AUGCCUGUCUUCUAUCUUGUCCAGGGUUCCGAUUCUGACACUGAACACUACGAGUACGGAGUUUACGCCCCACGUGUACGGAGGUUGGAAUAUGGCGUGACACGCGCCCAGAAGGGCGAUCCUGGCUACACCCGUUACAAGAAUGGAGUCGACACGGCUGCUAUGCAGCAGCCAUCCCUGGGACCGGCCUUGGCUGGCAGCGGUUGCCGGCGUAAACAAAGCAAGGAGGACGGCAGCAUCUUAGUGGCGCUGAGGGCGUCCACCAACUACAAAGAGGCCUUCUCUUUGUUCGACAAGCGCGGCAACGGCCGGGUGACGCUCGAUAGCCUCGGUGAUCUCCUGCGCGCCUGUGGCCAGAACCCGACGCUCAGCGAGAUUCGCGAUCUCGAGAAGAACGUGGGCGGAGACUUCGACUUUGAGACGUUUCAGCGUAUCCUCAACCGGCCGGGUGGCUUCCGCGACCCGGGCGAGCCUGAUGAGUACUGCCGCGGCUUCCAGGUGUUCGACAAGGACAUGACCGGCUACAUUGGCGUCGGCCAGCUCAAGUACAUCCUGACGAACUUGGGCGAGAAGAUGACGGACGAGGAGGUGGACGAGCUGCUGAAGGCAGUCGACACGAGCACCGGCCAGGUCAACUACACAGAUCUCGUGCGGACAAUUCUUGCCAACUAG